AUGGCCUCCGCGGCCGCCCGCAGCCUGCUCGUCCUCCUCCAGGUGCUGGGGCUCGCCCUGGCGCAGAUCAGAGGCCCCCCAGGAGAGCCGGGCCCCCCGGGGCCGCCGGGGCCGCCAGGAGUGCCUGGAUCCGAUGGCAUCGACGGCGACAAGGGCCCCCCUGGGAAGGCUGGCUUUCCAGGACCUAAGGGAGAGCCUGGCAAAGCAGGGCCAGAUGGGCCGGACGGGAAGCCAGGGAUUGAUGGUCUGACUGGAGCCAAGGGCGAGCCUGGUCCCAUGGGAACCCCUGGAGUCAAGGGCCAGCCUGGGCUCCCAGGUCCCCCUGGUCUGCCGGGCCCUGGCUUCGCUGGACCUCCUGGACCCCCUGGACCAGUUGGCCUCCCUGGUGAGAUUGGAAUCACAGGCCCCAAGGGAGAUCCUGGACCAGAGGGACCAGAGGGGCCUCCAGGGCCCCCCGGAAAACCGGGCCGACCGGGAACCAUUCAGGGCUUGGAAGGCAGCGCGGAUUUCCUGUGUCCAACCAACUGUCCAGCAGGUGUGAAAGGCCCCCCGGGACUGCAGGGUGUGAAGGGCCAUCCUGGCAAACGAGGGGUCCUGGGGGAUUCUGGCCGCCAGGGGAAGCCGGGCCCCAAGGGAGAUGUGGGUGCCUCUGGAGAACAAGGCAUCCCUGGACCACCGGGUCCCCAGGGCAUCAGGGGCUACCCAGGCAUGGAGGGGCCCAAAGGAGAAACGGGUCCUCGUGGAUACAAAGGCAUGGUUGGCUCCGUUGGCGCUGCCGGGUCUCCAGGUGAAGAAGGUCCUCGGGGACCACCAGGCCGAGCUGGGGAGAAGGGUGACUUGGGCAGCCAAGGUGUUCGAGGACCCCAGGGAGUAACAGGCCCGAAGGGAGUGACGGGUCCCCCAGGCAUUGACGGCAAGGACGGAACCCCAGGCAUACCUGGCAUAAAGGGCAACGCGGGACAGGCUGGGCGACCAGGAAACCCAGGCCACCAGGGCCUAGCGGGUGUGCCAGGCCAGCCUGGGACAAAAGGAGGCCCUGGGGACAAGGGUGAGCCAGGCCACCAGGGCCUCCCUGGAUUCUCUGGUCCUCCCGGGAAGGAGGGAGAACCGGGGCCUAGAGGAGAAAUCGGUCCACGGGGCAUCAUGGGGGAGAAGGGAGACCAGGGUGAAAGGGGGCCAGUGGGGCAGCCGGGCCCGCUAGGCCGCCAGGGUCCCAAGGGGGAGCAGGGCCCCCCGGGAAUUCCAGGGCCACAAGGCUUGCCAGGCGUCAAGGGAGACAAGGGCUCCCCAGGGAAGACCGGGCCCCGCGGCGGAGUGGGCGACCCGGGGGUGGCCGGCCUCCCUGGAGAGAAAGGCGAGAAGGGGGAGUCUGGCGAGCCAGGGCCCAAGGGACAGCAAGGAGUCCGCGGAGAGCCGGGUUACCCCGGCCCCAGCGGGGAUGCGGGCGCCCCAGGGGUGCAGGGCUACCCUGGGCCACCAGGCCCACGAGGGCUGGCUGGAGACCGAGGCCUGCCGGGACAGCCUGGGAGACAGGGCGUGGCGGGCCGGGAUGCCAGUGACCAGCACAUCGAGGAUGUAGUGCUGAAGAUGAUGCAAGAGCAACUGGCGGAGGUGGCUGUGAGUGCCAAGAGGGAAGCCCUGGGUGCCACUGGGAUGAUGGGCCUCCCAGGACCCCCUGGGCCGCCUGGGUACCCAGGCAAGCAAGGACCCCAUGGGCACCCUGGCCCUCGGGGCAUCCCUGGCAUCGUGGGAGCUGUGGGUCAGAUUGGCAACACAGGGCCCAAGGGAAAACGUGGAGAGAAGGGUGAUCGGGGAGACAUAGGACGUGGACAUCCGGGGAUGCCUGGACCCCCAGGGAUCCCAGGACUCCCUGGUCGGCCUGGCCAGGCAAUCAAUGGCAAAGAUGGAGAUCGAGGGUCCCCAGGGGCCCCAGGAGAGGCAGGCCGACCUGGCCUGCCAGGCCCUGUGGGACUACCAGGCUUCUGUGAGCCUGCAGCCUGCCUUGGGGCCUCAGCCUAUGCCUCUGCACGCCUCACAGAGCCUGGAUCCAUCAAGGGACCAUGAGCAUCAGGCUUGGACAGCGGCUAGCAGGCAUCCUGGGAGGAAAGGAUGAAGUCCCUCUGGGUGGACAAGUACCCCGUCCCUCAGGCCAGGACUUUCUGUCCAGGACCCAGGAGUACUGAGGAAAAGGAAAUUCAAAACAUGGGGGAAGGGCAGAGAGGGCAAGUGUUGGCAGAGUCCAAGCUCCUAAUAGAAUGGGGUGGCUUUCCUUCCCAGAGCACCCUAAGAUGUCACCAAAACAAAUAUCUGCACCAUCCUCCACUGGUCAUUGUGUCCUUGGGCAAGUGAACGAGGCUUCUCCGCCAGCUCCUGAUCCCAUUUCACCCGCUGGGCUCACUGGGUGAAUGCUGAUGGGGCCUACCCUGAGGUGGUCAGCCUUAAGCCAGCCCCACUGCUUCCUGCCUGCCUCUCUCCCACCUGAGUAUUUAAAUGCCCCCUUCUUCUUUCUGACAUUACCUUUUCUGUCCUGCCCUCUAGAUCCAUGCAGUCAUUUCUGUAAAUAAAAGCCCCCACCUU